AUGGGGGGUUCACACUCCCGUGAUGCUGCAUGGUCCAGGAGGGGUGGGAGAGGGGGGGUGGGAGAGCAGAGUGUAGCGGAGAGUAGAUGGGGGAAACGAGACGGUGGAAUUGCGUUUGCUGGUGCUGGUGCUGGCGCUGCUGCUGCUCCUGGAGUUUCCAGUGGUGGUGAUGGCGCCAGUGCUGGUGCAGCUGCUGCUGGUGCCGAUGGUGGUAGUGGUGAUAGGAUGUGGGGAGUUGGUGGUGCGGGUGGUGGUGGUGAAGAGGAAGAAGCAGCACCGUCGACAGCUCUGGCAUGGUAUCUUUCUCGGGUCGCAUCGGCCACGUCUCUUGCUGAUGAGGACUGCUGCCCCACCUGCCUUGAAGGGUACACGGAGGAGAAUCCGCGCAUCACCACGGAGUGCGCCCACCACUUUCAUCUGGGAUGCAUCUACGAGUGGAUGGAACGCUCUAACCUCUGCCCUGUGUGCAGCAAGGUGGGUGUUGUUGCUGUUGCUGUUGCUGUUGCAAUGGCUCACACUAUGCUCAGUUUGGCAACAAGAGGAUGCCGUGAUCUGGCAUCUGUGGCCUGCCCUCUCUGCCUGCCCUCUCUGCCUGCCCUCUCUGCCUGCCCUCUCUGCCUGCCCUCUCUGCCUGCCCUCUCUGCCUGCCCUCUCUGCCUGCCCUCUCUGCCUGCCCUCUCUGCCUGCCCUCUCUGCCUGCCCUCUCUGUUCUACGAGUCGAGGAUUGCGAGAGUCCAAUGCUACAACCCCGCUCUCAACUGCUCCUUCAAGAGUAUGACCAGCCGUGUGUCAACAAACACAUGA